GUUAUGGAAGCCCAUCAAAUAAGAAUCUUGAUUGCUGGAUUCCUAGCUCUCCAAACAUUCACAAUUGCAUCUUGUGCAAAUCGGACGUUUUAUUUCAUCAACAAUGACGGUGUUACUUGUUCUGAUUCAGUGGGUGUUCUUCAAGUACAUGGCGGAUCGAUACCUUCAAGUGCAAAAUUCAUAUCGCACAACACGACAACUUUCCCAAAUGGAAAAAGAUGCGGUGUGGCUUGGCGUAGAAAGUCAGGUACCACUGGCACCAUUAUGUCCUUGUCCUUCCGUCAGACAUACCCCGAGAGUACCACGUGUGCAGCCAGUUUAACUGUUGCUUACUUGCCACACAAUACAACAAAUGUGUUCUGUGGAAAAAAUGCAACCAAUGGAAAGGUAUCGAGAGACGCAUUCCUAGGUGACCUUGCAAUGACUUUCGAAACACAGACCGGCGGUUAUCAGAGCGACUGGAGCUUUACGGUGGUUCUAACACCUUUCACGAUAGCAUUCGGGGGAUGUUCGGAAUCGUCCUUUCUCUGCGACGGAAACAGAUGCGUAGAUAAAGCUCUGGUGUGUGAUGGAGACGUAAACUGCGCAGACAAUUCAGAUGAAAGCGAUGUACGCUGCCAAUCUUCUAUAACCCAUCAGAAUAAAGAAACGUCGGUUUCCCCUAUAUUUGAUAGCCUGGCAUUAAUGAUGCUCGUCAUCAUCGCUCCAUUGAUAGGCUUUAUGGUUAUUGCCAUGAUCAUUGGCAUCGCCUGCAUGGUGUAUCGCAGGAACAGACUGGAGCGCCUAUACGUGGAAAACAAUGAAGAAGGUUCAAACACGGCCGGGGAACUAGAAGAAAUCGACCCCAACACUACAGGAAGGGCCAAACCAGUCCCAACACAAUAGCAAGGGCGGAAACAGCCCCAACACUAUAGAAAGGGCGGAAGCUGGAACUUAUUGAUGUCUUACUUUUCUGUACUAUCUUUACUACCAAUUUUGUAUUUCUAUAUUGAGAUGUGAAGAUAGCGUGGAUUGUUUACAUAAUUGUUUACCAAUAAUCUGGGAAUAUAGUAUCAUGUGAUCGGUAGGAUGGAUCACAUGGGAACUAAGACUAGUUCAAAGUUUAGUAGAAACGAAAAGAAAAUCAUUUACUAUGUAACAAAUUCUAUGAUUAUAUAAGUAUGUAAACAAACAAUUCUACAUCAUUUGUUUUUUGAAAGAUAGCAACUCUUAUAAUUUAUAGCAGCUUUUCAUGAAAAUAAAUUUAUUAGGAUAUGGAAACCAUUCGUGGUCAGAUUCCUCAUGCUGGGACUGUACGGCUCUGUGGAUCGAAUAUUGCACGUUACAACUAAAUUGAAUAUAUCAAAUCUUAAGAAAUGAAAUUUUUUUAGUAUAAUAAAUGUUUUUAAUAUCUUA